UACCAGUUUCGACGCCUCUCUCUCUUCUUGUGAGUGAUUUACAAAGCUGAAGCUUAUCUGCGGCGAUUUAAAGGUCCCGGAGAAGAAGAAGAGAGAGAGAGAUCAGAAAAUGGCGACUAAUGGAUCUGCUAGCUCAGCACAGCUCUCCCAGAGGGAAGCUGACAUCAGGAUGAUGUGUGCCGCUGAGGUUCAUCUCGGUACCAAGAAUUGCAAUUACCAGAUGGAGCGUUACGUCUUCAAGAGACGCAACGAUGGUAUUUACAUCUUCAACCUUGGCAAAACAUGGGACAAGCUCAUGAUGGCUGCUCGUGUUAUUGUUGCCAUUGAAAACCCACAGGACAUCAUUGUUCAGUCUGCUAGGCCCUAUGGUCAGAGAGCUGUCCUGAAGUUUGCUCAAUACACUGGAGCCAAUGCCAUUGCUGGAAGGCACACUCCUGGUACCUUCACCAAUCAGAUGCAAACUUCCUUCAGUGAACCCAGGCUCUUGAUUCUUACCGACCCGAGAACUGACCACCAGCCAAUCAAGGAAGGUGCUUUGGGAAACAUUCCCAUCAUUGCUUUCUGUGACACAGACUCUCCAAUGAGAUUUGUUGACAUUGGUAUCCCUGCCAACAACAAGGGAAAGCACAGCAUUGGGUGUCUUUUCUGGCUUCUUGCUCGCAUGGUUCUUCAGAUGCGUGGAACCAUUCAACGUGGACAGAAGUGGGAUGUCAUGGUUGACCUGUUCUUUUACAGGGAGCCUGAGGAGACUAAGCCAGAGGAUGAAGAUGAAGCUGCCCCUCCCACCGACUUUGGACUUCCUCCUACUGAAUACGGAAUGGGUGGAGACCAAUGGACUACUGCUCAGAUCCCUGAUGGUGCAUGGCCAGGAGAAGCUCAAGCUCCAAUCGCUGCUGCACCUGCUGCUGCUUCUUGGAGUGAUUCUGCUGUUGCUCCAGCAGCAGAAGGUGGAUGGGAUGCUGCCGCGCCACCCACAGGUGCUCAAGCUUCUACUUGGGACUAAAGUGGAUAGCCUUUUACUCGAUGGUUAAGGGUUAUAGACAUGCUUUUUUGUUACCUUUGGGAUUGAAGAGUUAUCGAACCGUAACUGUUUUUCUUCUCACUUGUUUCCCUUAAGACAAUUAGAUUAUUUUGUUCUGCACUUUUUUUUUUUGUUUUGAAUCAAAAAAAUUUCUACUA